GAUUGUGAUGAUCCAGAUUACAGCGGAAUGGUUGCCAUGCAAAUAACCGAAUUUGGAAUUAAGGACGUUUAUUGCGACAUCGGAUGGAUUAUUGUGAUGAGAAGGUAUAACAGUACGAUGGAUUUUCACAGGAACUGGGCCGAGUACAAAAAUGGCUUUGGUGACCCACGUGACCAGUUUUGGAUGGGAAACGAGGCUCUCCACGCGUUAACCAAUCAGGGGAACUAUUCCAUGCAGAUUGACAUGCUGUCUUGUAAUGGAAACUCCUACUACGUCCGAUGGGACCUAUUUCGGAUCGAAAACGAAACCCAAAAGUAUGCAGUAGAAGCUAUCAGCGUGGAGUCGCACAAUGUUUCUUCUGACACAAAACUUAUGGAGUUGUAUGGCAGGGAAUUCGGCACGUAUGACGUUCCCAUUGCAAACUGCAGUCAGGACCGGGGUGGAGGAUGGUGGUGGGGCAGUUGUGGUCAUGAUCACAUUACAGCGUUUUAUCCCGAAUGCAACAUGACGUCAAACCAGAGGCAACGCAUGAAAUUCUCCCCCAUCACCGGUAGAAACUGUGAUCGGGGGUGUCUACUCCAGGCCGCUACGAUGAAGAUUCGGCGAAAUGUUUAGUAUGAUAAACGGACCAUGUUCUUUGCACGUGACUGUUUAUUACCCGUUGGACCGCUCCUGUACCCUCUUCGUCCAGUUCCAUAACAGCUAGGACCUCUGGUAGAGAGUGCAACUCUAAGCCUCUAACGCUCAUCUGUGUCUUCAUAUUGUUAAUUUCUGCAUGACAAAAAAGACGGGUGGGGACAGCAUAUAUGCAUUACAUAGUUGAUAAUUACAGUAUGGAUAUAUUUUUCUUUUAUGUAUUCGUUUCAUUUGAGGUUCCCAUUUUUAAGUUAUUGUCCACCACUGAUCCCUAUCAUCAUUGCACAUGGUAUGAUUUAUGUAUAUAGCUUUAGACCAUUAUGGUGUAUCAGUUCUCUUACAACAAUACACCGGUUAUGUUUGAAGAAGAACAUGUACAAACACAAAACUCCGUUUUCAAAAAUAUGCCUAUUAUUUAACAUUGUAGCAAUCACAAUGGCUUCACGCCGUUGUGGUUUGACAAAAGACACAUAUUUAUCCUAAAUUCACCAGAAGAAAUGAAUUUAUGAUUACAUUCGUCCUCAAUUCGGUGUUAGACAGACUCAAUAGAUUCAUUAACAAGAUAAGUGUACCCAGAUAUCAAUCAGGUCCGACACAAAGAGCCGGAUGGCACAUGCGUCAUAUCUGAACCACAGCAAAAGCAACCUCUCAGUAAAGUUGGUUCUGUUAUAUCCCUUGCAAACAUUUUCAAUUCAAGACCCAUUGUAUUUAUCGGUAGCUCUCAGAUUAGCAAAGUUAAUCGUUGAUAUUAUAUAGUGCGGUCUAAGCAUAUAAAAAGAAAAAAAUGAGUAUGUAUUCUACUGUAACGUGCUCAUCAACAAAAUAAACAAUUCCUUCAUUAAUGUCAGGAAUAAAGCAGAAUAAUUAAAAUUACGCGUGGAAGAACAUCAUUAUGGUACAUUGUAUUUUGAAGCACUGUCAAUAAAGGCCCUUUUACAGUUUUGAUGGAUCGACCCAACUUAGACCGCGAUCAGGAAGCCAGUAGUGCCUUGGCGGUGAUCUGCGCUCUCGGAGUGCUUUUCUAGUUUUUAUAUGUAAGACAAUUUACCGCAAAAGUAUGUCGUUCGAUAAAAAAUAUUGCAUGUUAAGCUAAUAUGAACAUUAACACAUGUUGUUUAAUUAAAAUCCGGUAACUACAUCAACAAAGAGUAUCGAUUUUGUCUCAUCGGGGAUUCUUUAAUUAUCUAUACCCGAAUUUAAGUUUGAUGCAUAAAGGACAAGUAUGGC